AUGCAGCCGUCUGAACGUCGGAGCCUGACCGUGUCGGUGAAUCCAGCGUGCUUCAUCAGAUGGCCGCCUGCCACCCCCACCAUCCCGGCGGAGCAAAGAGCCCUCCAGUUCCGGCCGAUCAGCCGGAAUGUGUGUUCGACAGGUCUGAGCUCCUGUAAAGUGCAUGCAGCCGAGCCGGGAAAGAGAACGCCAACAAUCCUGUGCAUCGGCGACAGCUUGACUUCUGGAAGUCGAGGCUCAUUCUCGUAUCCCGAAGAACUUCAAGCGAUGCUCGAGCAAGAGGGAAUUGACAUGAAGGUUUCCAACGGUGGCAACUGGGGUGAUACCACCGACCAGAUUAGACGACGCCUUCCCUCCUUGAUGCAGUCUGUCAUGUCUCAGGGCGGUCGCUUGGCAUUUGUUCUGGUGCUGGCUGGCACAAACGACUUGUUGCAGCUGCCGCCGCUUGAGGCGACAGUGAGCCUUUCGAUUCCUCGUAUUGCAGGAAAAAUCAAGGAGAUUCUCGACAUAGCCUCCCAGGCUGCUUUUCAUCCUCAUGUUGGUAUCUUGUCUCUGCCGCCUCUGCUUAGCCGAGAUGUCGGCAGAUUGAAGUUGAACCAAAGCUUACGUCAACUAUUCGGAGCACCAGGACUGCCACACAGAUCCCAAGUUCCAGGAGCGGGCGCCCGCUUCCUGGUAGAUCUAGACACCGUGGAUGCAGCUCUUUCAACAGACGGAGUCCAUUACGGCCAGGAGGGGUACAACCAGUUCGCAAAGCGAGUGAUGCAAGUAAUUCUGCCAAUGUUGAAAGCCGAUGCAGCACACAGACGUCUUGCAGUGUCCUCGAUCUCGGCCUGA